AUUUCCUUAAUUAGAGACGUUUUUCUCUCAUGUGAAUCGUAUCGUUAGAAUUAAGUACGAUAUCCUAUUAGAGACAUUUUUCGCUUAUGUGAAUCGUAUUGUUCGAAAAAAUAAGUACGAUAACCUUUUCUUUAUACAAUGUAAGUUGUUUUGAUACAUUAUUCUAAUUUAAAAAAUAGUUUAUUAAAAGAAAAAUGCUGAUAGAUUCGUUUUCAUACUUUUCUUCAUGAUAUGAAUGUUAAAACGAACGGGUCUUUAAAAAAACCGUGAGGAACUUAUCAUUUAGAUAUUUAUUGGAUAUAUUCAAUACAACAUAGUCAAUAUUUUGUUAUGAAUUACUUCCCCCCCCCCCUCACCCCUCGCCAAUUCCCAAUCUACGCCUUAGAAAACCGGAAACAUGAUAAUAUUACGUAGUUCUAGGUAUUUUCAUGACGCAGUUCAUAAUAUUGUGAUGGAAUUGCGUUUAAUUUUCUGCGUCACAGGCUGCAGACUACCAGCGGUCAACCUGAAACCUAGUUUUCAUCAGAACUAAUUCGAAACUAUAGAAUCAGUUAUCAAGUAAACCUUGAAGAAUCAACACUACUUUAGUCAAGAUGACAAUGAAGUUGAGAACAAAGCUGAUCCUUGAGACAGCGUUCAAGCUCCCCCUCGUCAUCUUCGGCAUCGUCAUGAUCGUCUUUGGGUCUCUUAACAUUGAGCAGGACGGCGUGCCGAAUGGAUGCAUGUCAGCAGAUCGUUUACCUGUGUUUCUACUGGUUGGUGGAGUUCUGGUUAUUCUCUGUAUUGCGCUCAGAACUAUUCUAGAACGAGUCUGUGACUCCUGCUCAAUGUUUACCCAGGACCAGGAUUGUUGUAAGGUUGGCGGGAAAAUCCUACAGUUUACGUUCCUCGUAAUCUACGACUGUGUCCUGGUCGCCCUGGCCACAGCCUGGUCCCUAGUUGGACUCAUCUACGUUCUCAACAAUGUUCCCAAAAGUCCAUUCUACAAGAUAGAGCAAAGCCUGGGGGGAGUAGGAGAAAGUAUCAAGAAAGGAUUCGAGAAUCUAUCCGGACAGGAACCAGCCGAGGAGGACAAGGUGUUUGACUGCAACAUCCACGUCUACAACAUCACCAUCGUGUCCAUCUUCGUCGGGUUUGUUGUUGCUGUGUUAACCUUGGUAUUCCUGGUGUUCGGGCGGUUAUGCUGUGACCUCUGCUGCUGCGGACCAUGUGCCAAGGAAAAGGAUAAUGUAAGCAUUCACUCUCAGAAGCACAGAGAGGUCAAGUGUCCAGAUGAUCGGCUGGCUACACGAGUUGCCUAACUAGCCCCCCACCCCUCCCCCGCAGAUAACUGAUUGAUAUCAGUGCAGUGGAAGAUAAUUUAAUUUCUGUAUAAAUUAGAACAAAAUAAAUUUAUAAAAAAUGUAAAUAUGACGUUAUUUUUAAAAACGAUAUAUUAGAAAAAUAAUGUUUCAAGCACUUAAUAUUACUGAAACAAGUGAAAGCUUGAAUUUGAUAUUGAUAGCAAAAACAAAAAACUACAAAAAGGGACGGAUUAUUUAAUGACUGAAUAUCUUCAUUGGUAAAUAUUUAUCAACCAACCAAUUAUUUUUAACUUGGAAAACAUUUAGCUGACAAUUG